GAACUGUUAAGUUCAAUGCUCUAGAAGCUUCACGACAUAGUAGAACGAUCCUGAAAACCGUGCUUAGCUAUUCUUCAUCGCAGUUGGUUGUGCGAAGCCGAGUUUUAGGUAGUCGUGCGUGCUCUCAAACGGCUUGUGUGUCUAGUUUACGAGGUACCGAGAGUAAGCCGAUCACUGCGGAUCUUCACUGCUACAAAACAACUUAGGUUGCUUGAGGACAAUGGAUAUAUCUCAUUUGCCUAAAUUCCUAGAGCUAAAUCACCAGCUCCAGGAAGAGGCACAUGUGUCUGCUUCUGUUAACAUCGUCGAAAGUGCUAGUUGCUGGCUGUUCGAGCACCCGGAGUACCAAGCGUGGUCGACAGGGAAGAAUACGGCUUUCUUGCUAGCAGGAUCACCUGGCACCGGGAAGACAGUCUUAUGUUCUACGGUCAUCGAUGCACUGCGAGAUGAGCAUAGGUCUAGCGAGUCGGCGACGGCUGUCCUGUACUACUAUUUUAAGAUGAAUGACCUACGGCGGGCUACAGAUGAGAGUUUGUUCUCGUCCAUGCUCUUCCAGCUCUGCCACCAGCUGGGUGUAGUACCUACCGAGCUGAGGGUCCUCGGGGAUGUGGCCAACGGCGAGCAACCGCAGUUUGAGCUGCUCUUUCGCGCCUUCGCCGUUGCUGUGAGGAAGUUCUCUAAGGUAUUUAUCGUCAUCGACGCGGUUGACGAGUGUUCCGAUAUCCGCCGCCUCAUCGCCACCUUGGAGAGUAUGCUCGACUGGAAGCUAGACGGACUGCACCUCUUUUUAUCCGCCCAGCCGCUCCCGUCUAUCUAUAACUUAAAGAGAAAGCAUCAUCUGCAUUGCGUUAUCACCGCCGAUGGAAAUCAUCAGGAUAUCCUUAGUCUAAUUACAGCAAGGGUAUCAGAACAAUUAGACUGGCCAGAUACUACUAAGGAGCAUGUGAUAAGAAUGGUAGGUGAUAGGGCCCACGGAUCGUUCGUAUGGGCUACCCUCGUAUUCGCAGAGCUUAAGCGGUUCCAUAAACUACAACAGGUCGAAAGUGCUCUAUACACUUUGCCACAAGGUCUGGCAGAUUUGUAUAAGACAUAUGUAGACGGGUCUCUCCAGAGAUCAGCGGAUACAGAGAAGGUCCUAGUAUGGGUAGGGUACACGCGCCGCCCACUACGGAUCGACGAAGUAUCAGAAGUAGUCGCAAUUAACGUAGCAGUCGACCCAAUCGUGUCAGCCAAGAAGCAGCUGUUCCAGGGUGAAGAUGUCCUGAAUAUAUGCCCAGAACUAUUACAUACGACCACAAUUCAAACUGCCGACGAGAGCUACCAAGGCGUGUCUCUCGCCCACUUCACAAUCCGCACCUAUAUGGAUGUCGAGCUGUCACACUGGAACCCUCAUUUUGAAAUCGCCCACGCGUGUCUGCGGUAUUUAUGCCUCUUAGAUAGCGCUGAUGCUCUCAGCUCAUCAGAUUACCGCCUGCGGUUCCCGCUUGCCGACUAUGCCGCGCGCUUCUGGUACUACCACGUGGAACAGGCCAGCAUUUCGCAUGAGAACCUAGACCGCCUGCUCCCUGUAGUCACCGAAUUCUUCCACGGCCCCGGAGGCCUAUACAUACAGAAUUGGGUUAGGCUCUUUGACCCUGAUCGGCCCUGGAUUUCUAAGAUAAAUGUCUCGAACAGACCUCCUAGCGUUUCGACGCCAUUGUACUACAUCUCUUGUUUAGGCCUAACGUCCUUGGCCCGCAAACUCCUCGAAAUCGGAAAGAGCGACAUCGAUGACACCGGCGGUACUCAUGGCACGGCCCUCCAAGCGGCAGCCUACCACGGCCACCUGCCAAUUGUCGAGCUCUUGCUAGAAUACCGCGCCGACCCGCUCAUCCGCUGCGGACUGCACGGCACGGCCCUACAGGCUGCUAAGUUUGUCAGGCACACCAAGAUCGCUGAUCUCCUACGGGCUAGGAUGCAAGAACUAAACACGGACGAGGUGGGCCUGGAUGGCGACAUAUUAGACCUACCGCGGCAUAUUGUUCUGAAUGGCAGUGAGUCGGACCCGUAUGAGUUCCGUAGGGAGCUCGGGUCUGGCAACAUGGGCUAUGUAGACAUGGUAGAGAGCCUCGCAAGCGGUUCCAUUUGUGCGCGCAAGACGAUGCGCAUCCCCGCAGCGCGGCGGCAGCAGUUUGCAGACGUAGUGCUAAUCAUGGAGCAACUCAAGCAUGCUCAUAUCGUCGAGAUUCUAGGGUCCUAUUCAAGAAGUCCGAACUCCUUCAUUCUAAUGAAGCCCGUCGCCGAGUGGGAUCUAAAGAAGUACAUGAACAACGAGGGCGGUGCCGUUGCCGACCCAGCAAGUCUAGUUCAGUGGCUAGGCUGUCUAGCACAUGGGCUUGCGUACAUCCAUGGCAAUCAGGUUAAACACAAGGAUAUUAAGCCUUCUAACCUGCUCGUGCAUGGCAAUAAUAUCCUAUACACCGAUUUUGACUUGGCACACGUCUUCCAGAGUCCAGGCGACGUGACAAGGGGACCAACCGGCCAUACUGCUCCCUAUAGCGCACCAGAGGUCGCCGACGGGGGCGACCGCACGUUAACGACGGAUGUCUUCUCGCUUGGCUGCGUCUAUGUUGAGAUGUUAACCGUCAUCGCUGGCAAGAAGGUGUGGGAUAUUUUUCAGAAGUCGCCUGAGGAGCCUGGAUACAGCUAUCGCGGGCUAAACGAGGUUAAGGCUGUUGAGUGGCUGCAGCAGCUGUCAUUUGGCGACAAGGAGACGGAAUGCGGCGAAGUGGUGAAACUCACGAAGCGCAUGAUAUCGCAAGUCCGGCCGGAUGCCGUUUCUCUGUCAGAUGAUCUUGCUUUUCUAGCGUGCAGUUCCUGCUUCUCUUAGUAGCCUUUAACAUAUGUCUUCAACAUGAAACUUUUAAG